CUUGGGCUUCAUCGGGGAAGCGUUAAGCGAGACUGAAAACGGCAGCGUGUGCCCAUUUGGUUCCUUCAAGCUUGACGCGUAGAUCGGGGACAUGGCUGCUGCAGAGUUGGAAUUUUGCGAAUGUUCGAUGGAAGACGUUGAUCCAAAGAAUUGCCCGGUCUUGAUAGUGGGUGAAUUGGGAAAACUGUUGAAACUGCAGUGGACGCAGGUCCGGGGGAAGCUGCACCCCCGCGUUGAUGAAGAGACAUGGAAGACUGCUUUAAGCAACCUGAGGCCAAAUCCAACGGACUCUUGCCCUCUCUGGCUAGAUAAGGCUACAGUGGCUGCACUUCCAGCAAAACUAAGCAGGCACAACACCCCUUCAUCAGCCCACUUUCUCACACGGCUUGUCCACAGCUGUCUACCAGGUAGAGGUCAUCAGUACAUUGUGGUUGUCUGUGAGCAGACUACAGUAUUUCCCUCCACUUGUGCAAUUGCUAGAGCAUUUCCCCUUUUUAAUCGGAAAUUAUCUCUUUCUGACUGCUGUGAUAAGCAAAAAGUAACAGUCGAGUUCAUCUUAUGCGAACCCAAUGAUGGUCCACUCUCCAAGUCAAUGUUAAUGUGUUUGACAAAUGUGGCAGAAAGCAUUAGAAUGGCUGCAAGAAUAGUGGAUACACCCUGCAGUGAGAUGAACACUGAUGACUUUCUCCAGGAGAUUAAAGAAGUUGGCUCACAGUUAGGAGUGGGUUUAACAGUUAUACAAGGAGAGGAGCUUAAGGAGAGAGGUUUUGGAGGAAUCUACGGAGUUGGAAAGGCUGCAUCAAAUCCUCCAGCCCUUGCUGUUCUUAGCUACAAACCAGAGGGUGCUACUCAGACAAUAGCUUGGGUUGGUAAAGGAAUAGUUUAUGAUACUGGUGGCUUAAGCAUCAAAGGAAAGACUAUAAUGCCUGGAAUGAAGAGAGACUGUGCAGGAGCAGCUGCUGUUUUGGGUGCAUUCAGAUCAGCUGUUAAACAGGGUUUUAAAGAAAAUCUACAUGCCGUAUUUUGUCUGGCAGAAAACUCCGUUGGUCCAAAAGCAACCAGACCAGAUGAUAUUCACCGUUUAUAUUCAGGAAAAACUGUUGAGAUUAAUAACACAGAUGCUGAGGGUCGCUUGGUUUUGGCAGAUGGAGCUGUUUAUGCUGUCAAAGAUCUUAAAGCUGACAUCAUUUUGGACAUUGCAACACUUACUGGAGCACAGGGCAUUGUAACUGGAAAAUAUCAUGCAGGUUUGUUAACCAAUAAUGAGAACUGGGAGAAAGCUUGUGUGAAAGCUGGCAGAAACAGUGGAGAUCUUGUACAUCCUCUUGUCUACACACCUGAGCUUCACUUUAGUGAGUUUUCUUCUGCUAUGGCUGACAUGAAGAAUUUUGUGAGCGAUAGAAAUAAUGCCCAGAGUUCCUGUGCUGGUUUGUUCAUUGGUGCUCACAUUGGGUUCGACUGGACAGGAGUCUGGAUUCAUGUGGACAUGGCUUUUCCUGCACAUGUUGGAGAGCGUGCAACAGGUUAUGGCGUGGCCCUGCUGCUGGCACUGUUUGGUCGUGCGACUGAUGAUCACAUGCUUCAUCUGGUUUCGCCACUGGGGAGCAACAGAGAGCAGAAAUUGAAUGAUGAUGAACUAAAAGAAAAAGCACCAAAAAGGAGGAGACUGGUAUAAGCAUUGGGCUUGGUUGCACAUAGCACUUGCAAAGUCUAGACUUGGUCCAAUGUGGAGCCUAGCAUGUUUAUGCAGUUAAAGCAAAUGCAUUUUGCAGGUGCAGAUGGCUGACUUCUAACCACUGACCGUUUUUAUGCUCAUUGUUUUUCAUAUCUGUGUCUUUGUUGUUCGAUGCUUGCUUACUUUGUUUUUUCUAGUCCUGAAGGCUUUUAUACCGGCUGCUGUUAAGUGUUUUUUUUCUGCUGUAUAAUAGCAGACAUUGAAUUUAAAUGUAAUUUCAAAAAAAGAGGAUGCCUUCAAUGUUUAUGUAUUGUAUGCUUUUAGUCCAGCUUUCUUGGAACUUGGCCUGUCUAGUAUUGCAUAUACUCUACUUUCAAAAUGAAGGCUGCAGGUUUUAUUAAAGAAAUUAUUCAUAAGUAUAAGAUAAUAUACCACAUGUCCUCAACUAGUUAGCCUCUUAAUUAAUUAAUUUAUCCCUAAUUCAGGUACUUAACCUGUAAGUACUCCCUUUAUAGAAAUAUAUCGGCUGUUGUGUUGUUCAGUACCUAUGAAGUGCCUUGGCAUUUUCAGUGUAGAAAGGUGGUGUACAAAGUUAGUGGUUAUUUUUUAAACACUAUUACUGAUAGCUUUAGAUUAUAAAUGUGGCUAUUUUGUUAAGGGUGGGAAAUAUGAACAUACUGUAAAGCAUACUAGUGCUAAACUAUUGCUUUUGUUCAAUGUUUUCUAGAACACAAAUCAUAUCUUUUGUACCACGAUGAAUCCUGCACUCCAUAAGAAAUUUAAUUGAAUUAAAUGAUACUGUUGCGUGCAGAGGCAAUUUUGUUAGCAGAUCCGUGUUUCAGAAAUAUAAAGGGUGGAAAAUGUCACCUGUCUGUGCUAAAUAGGCAUAUAAGACCAUGUGUAUUUGUCACGUUAAAACUGCAGCAAAGAUCGAAGAAUUAUUUGCAGUCUCUUCUGAUUCUGUGCACUUCACUUUUUUACCACUGUAUUUGAGAGUGGAUUUUUUUUAAUGCAGUAUUACAUUACAUUACAGUAGAGAUACUGUUUCUGAGUGGCUCAAAAAUACGUAAGCCAAAUUACUCCAUGCCAAGGGUAAAUGGCAGUUUGGUUGACAAUGGUAAAUAUGCUUUGUGUUCCACCAUAUUUUACAUGACUUGGGCUUUAUACAGCUAUUGUAGAACCACAACACAGGUGAUUACAGAUACUCGUCUAUCAUAAUGUUUAAUCUGGUAUAUUUAUUUUUUUGAAAUUUUUCAAAAAUGUCUAUUGCAAGUCAUUCAGGUUCCUUUACUGUAAAAUACAAACUCCGGUUUGGCUAGAAUUUGUAUUUUUUUAGUACUAUUUUCUUCACUUUGACACGGUUUACAAACUGAAGCUUGAUUGCUGUAAACAUUGGACUUGGUGUGACCAAGCUGAGGAGUAUCAAUAGAUAGAUGAGGUAAGGACAAAUGGUCAUUGUUUGGCAUAUUGGAUAUAAAAAAUAACACACCCUGGAAUGGAAAAGCAGCCCACCAGUUUACAAAAGAAGUCCUGGAAGGUCGGAUUUUUUUUUUUUUUCCCCUUGUUUUCUAAUCUGAAAAGUUCUUUAUUUUGCAAACUGCUGUAAUGAUUUUAGUUAAAUGCACUUAGCAGAUGUUAAUUAAUAUAACACUGUGUUACAGAAUUUCAAAAUUUUGCAGAUAUCCUUUUUGUUACUACGUCAGAUUUUUAGUAUCAUUUGUAAAUAUUUUUGAGUUGCUUAUACCAGUAAAUGAAUCAUUUUUACAUGAACUGAAAUCUAUAUAACGAAAUGUAAUGUUGUGUGUAAUAAAUCUGAUAAUUGCAUCUAAA